GUUCUACAACAUGCAGCUGGCCAUGCCGCGAGGUCCUUUGCUCUUGACGUUCUGCGAGAGGUUUGCACAGAGUGGUGGCUUCUUGACGAGGAGGAGCAGCACCAGCUCUACGAUGUCAUCUUGCAGAUGCGUGAUCUUGAUGCAGACUGGGGGCCGCAGGUGGCCAAGGUCUUGGAGGUCAUCGGCCAGCAAAGUGACCUUUGCCGACUCGUGCGAUCACAGUCGCGCUUGCGCUCUGGUCUGAGCUCCUCGCAGUCACUGCCGCAGCUGCGAACAAGAAGUGGGGCUUCAAACAGUCAAUUUGCUCCGUCUCGCCUUCCCACGACUCGCCAGUCUGUGUGGGAUCGGGAAAGCAUCCCGAAGGAUCCGCCAAAGAAGCCCAUCCCCUGGUGGACGCCCAGGCAAGUGUCAUGGCUUGCUGGGCAGCCGAUUUUCCCUGGCGAGCAGUUCAAGGCGCCAUGUCCUGCUUUUCGAUCAGUUGGACGCUUCUACUUCGAGAACUACCAGCGCUGCCAUCCAUCUACAUUCUGA